CGUCUUCACCUCUCUCUCUCACUCUCUCUCUCUCUCCUCUCUCUCACUCUCUCUCAGCUCCCGCCACUAGAGCCAAGAGUUGCCGUUCCGCGCACCGAUGCCAAAACGCGCAGGAGUCAGUGCCAAAGGGUCAUUUUAGCGCACUACUGCUGUAACGGAAGGACCGCGUGACUCCAAGAACACACAGUUUGACCCCAGAUGAUAUGUCAAUCCGUUUUGUUUUAAAGGAAUAGGUGCCAAAUAACAUUUUACCAGUCACCGGUGGAGUGUCUAAUCCGCGCGUUCGCACUCCAGGAUAUUUUUACGCAUCUGCAAACACUCCAAUCAUCAUCUACCUGCGCCAAAACACCAGCUUCCUAAAACUACUUCAGCUUCCUCAAUCCAGGUAUUGGUUCCCCUGAAGAAGUGACGCGCUGCGGGACGUUGCGGGCGUUUCGGUGUCCCCGUCGGUCCGUUCACCUUCAGGGCGCGCAGCAAAGUUCCACUGGACGGUUGUGAGCAGCAGGAGAGGGGAAAGAAGGGAAAGUUGGUCACCUGCGACCCAGUCAGGACCGACACCACGGUCCAAGCCGACUCCAAGUGCCGUUCACCGGGCGAUGCCAGAGUAAAUGCCGGGGCAAUGUCCCGCCGCAAGCAGGUGAACCCGCAGCACUUAUCGUUGACGCACCGGGAGACAAUACAAGCAGAAGCUAAUCAUGAUUCAGGGGCAGGAUCUCCAUCUCCAGAGCCAUCCACCCCCAGCCUGCGGAGAGGAGGACCUGGGCAACACGAUUUGCUGACCUGCGGCCAGUGCCAGACCAACUUCCCCCUGGGGGACAUCCUGGUGUUUAUUGAGCACAAGCGGCAUCUGUGCCGGGGACGAGGAAGUGGACCAGGGUCCUUCUCCAAGAAUGGGGAGCACGGCGGGGGCGUUGGCAUCCCCAUCUCUCAUAGGGUCAGGUCUCUGGAGCCGGGUAGAGGGCCUGUCCCAGUGGAGGUGGGCAUCCAGGUUACACCCGGCAGAGAAGAUGAUGAGGAGAGGAGGCUGACGCCAGCGAAGGGGAUCUGCCCCAAACAGGAGAGGGGAGAUAAAGAUGAGCCAUCAAGCUACAUCUGCACUACCUGUAAGGAGACCUUCACCAGCGCCUGGUUCCUGCUGCAGCAUGCCCAGCACACACACGGCAUCCGUAUCUACCUGGACAACCACCUAGUCAACUGCUCCCUGACGCCACGCAUGGCUCUGCCACCGCCCCCGGGAGCCGAUGCCCUGCCCCGCUCCCCUCUCACAACUUUUCUGGGUGACACCAACACUUCCACAAUUCCAUUUCACCUUCUACGCAUGGCCACGCCCCUGCUCAGGGAACACACCCCACAUCCAGGGUACCUGGAGACCCGAUUGCCUGCCACGCCCCCAUUCAUCAGCCCUCCACCUCCCCCUAGACCCCCUCUAGAGCGGUUGGGCCCAGAGGAGAUGGGGCUGCUGUCCCAGCACCCCAGUGCCUUUGAAAGGGUGAUGAGGAUGGCCCCCAUGGAACCACCUUCCAUGGAUUUCUCCAGACGACUGAGGGAACUAGCAGGAAACACGACCAAUAACGGUGGUCCCACGCCUCCUCUUUCGCCAAACCAUGUGCCACCCAUGCACCGCCUGCUAAGUCCCACACUUUUCCAGCCUGGCUCCAAACCCCCAGCUUUUCUCACCUACCCACCACCGCCACCCACCGCACAGGGCGGGCAUGGUUCUACCAGUUCUCCUGACACCCAGGGUCAAAACCAGUCACAGGGAAAAGCCAAAUCCUGCGAGUUCUGUGGCAAGAUCUUCAAAUUCCAGAGCAACCUGAUUGUUCAUCGGCGCAGUCACACAGGAGAGAGGCCGUACAAGUGUCAUCUAUGUGACCACGCCUGCUCCCAGGCCAGCAAGCUCAAGAGGCACAUGAAGACACAUAUGCACAAGUCCGGGUCCAUCGGUGGCUCACCAGAGCAGGGCAAUAGAGGAGAAGGUGGUGAGGGUGGUGAAGAAAAGAGCAGGGAGGGAGAUGCAAGAGGUAUGGGGAUGGAAAAUGAGGAGGAGGAAGAGGAAGAGGAGGAAGAAGAAGAGGAGGAGGAGGAAGAAGAAGAGGAGCUAAGGAAUGGCAGUCGGCCAGAUUCCAACAUAAGUGAGGACUCCCAGGAAUUCAGUCAGAAUAGGGAGAAUGGCCCAAGACCGUCCCCAGAAGAGAAACCCCUCAGUGGGGACAGAGUGGGCGACAGCGGCGGCGUGGGAAUCCUGCACCCGUAUAACCAUCUGGACACUCAUCUUAGACUUCACUCUAGCAAGAGAAUCCUGGAGAGACAACCUAACGGGGAUGGUGGUGAGACAGGUGAAUCGGAAAGAGAAAGGGAGACCGAACAGGAGCAGGAAAGGGAGCGAGAGGAGCAGGUGGGCCAGAGGCCUGUGAUGAACGGCAGGAUCAGCGUAUCUGAAGCAGACUCCUUUCCUACUCUCUUCCAGCGCCGGCCCACCCCCAUCACCAGCCCAAACCCUUCGAACAACAAGAGGAUCAAGAUAGAGAAGGAACAGCUGGAGCUUCCCCCCGCCAUCCCACUUAUCUCCCCGGAGAACGUCUACUCGCAGCUCCUGGCUGGCUACGCCGCUUCACGCCACUUCAUCAGAGAACCCUUCCUGGGCUUCACAGAUUCCCGCCAGUCCCCGUUUGCCACCUCCUCUGAGCACUCCUCCUCCGAGACCGGGAGCCUCCGCUUCUCCACCCCGCCCGGGGAGCUGGUGGAAGGAGGGAGCGCCUCGGGCCGCAGCAACAGCAGCACCCCUCACCUCCUGCGGGGACCUGGACCCGGCAGGCCCCCCAGCUCCAAGGAGAGGCGGAACGACACCUGUGAGUACUGCGGCAAGGUUUUCAAGAACUGCAGCAAUCUGACGGUGCACCGGCGCAGCCACACGGGGGAGCGGCCCUACAAAUGCGACCUGUGCAGCUACGCCUGCGCGCAGAGUUCCAAGCUGACGCGCCACAUGAAGACCCACGGGCAGUUUGGGAAGGAGGUUUACCGCUGCGACAUCUGCCACAUGCCCUUCAGCGUCUACAGCACGCUGGAGAAACACAUGAAGAAAUGGCACGGCGAACAUUUGAUGGCCAGCGAGGUCAAACUGGAGCAGGCGGACAGAAGUUAAAGCAACAACAAAACACAAAAUUCCCUCACUUCUUCUUCAGCUGAGGUUUGGUUGGAUAAUCCCUCACUUUAAAACAAACAAAAAAAGACAAAAGCAACAACAACAAAAAACAAAACAAAACCCUAGACUGAUUGAUGUUCAUCUUUUUUUCAUGUCACACAAACUGCCACCUGAGAAUACAAACAAAGGGAAACUUUAAUGAGAACUUGUCUGGAACGCCGCCGACUUGGUGUUUCUCGGCAAACUGAGGAUUUGAUCAGUUAGGAAUCCAUGGAGCCUUUUCUACUGUGCAAUAAUUUCUGUAUUUAUUGGAUUUUUUUGUAAUGCUAUUUGGCAUGUGCAGGUACAUCUUUGUGGGAUUUCAUAUGGAGAUUUAAAAAAAAAAAAGAAAGUAAGAAAGAACGAAAAACGUGCUAAAACAUUUUAUUUCCUGAAAAUGUAACAAACUGGAACGAAGUCUCUCUUGAAACAUUUUUUUUUUUUCCUUUAAGGAAGCUUAUCAUGUGAGAGUAAAAUAGUGAGAAGCAGUGAGCUUUAAAAAAAUAAUAAAAAAAUAAAAAAAGAGAAUUGUUUUCUAUAUGAAUUGCAGCAGCGGACUACAAUCCAUUCCCUCAUACAGGCCUAAAGCACUGAAUGUCAACCCGACAAUAAAAUAAAAUAAAAAAAACACCACGCUGGAUUUUAAAAAUCCAACCUGAUAAGUUACUUUUAAUUUAUUCAGGGAACUUGCCCAUUAAAUAUCGGCAUGUUAAUAAUUUCAAAAUGCAGUUACUGUAUUAUUGCUGUCCUGUUUCUUGUUUCAGUCAGGACAUAAAUAAAGGUUGCACUUAAUGGACGGACCCUUAUCUGAUGCUCAGUACAUUCCCAGUGUAGGAUUAAAACCACCAUAUUUAAUAUGUUGAAUAAGUUAAGACUACUUGUGAUUAAUGUGAGAAGGAGACCAGUCCUGUUUAUGGUUUGUAAAUAUAUUCUUUUCUUUUUUUUUUUGUUUAAAUAUAUAUGUUAAAGUUGCCCCAGCUGUAAGUGAAAGAUGGCCUAAAGCUAAACAAUCAUAAGACAUCAUCCACUGUACGUGAAAAAAUGUUUGUGUUAAAUUUCAGGUCAUCAUUUUCUCCGGCACAGUUAAAGGGGUCAUAUUAUGUGCCUUCACAGUCAGCAAAAAGAGGUCACGAUGUAGCUUAUGAACAGAAAUGACUAAAGUUUGGAGGCAAAAACAUUGAGGUGCAUUUAGAAAAGCAGUAUUUUUCCAUCAACAUGUGCCUGAUGUGCCCCCUCACGUUUAUAAAAUGUGUAAAAAGGUGGUGCCCAUCUCUUGCCCUUAAGUCGCUCUUACACCUGGCUGAGUUUGGUGCCGUAACAGGCCGAGGUACAUCUCAUAGCUCUCCUGUGGUUGCGUCCACCACAGCGGAGUUGUGAGUGGGCACACCACUCGGGAAAAGUCAGACAAGGUCUUUUAUUUUUUUCCUGAGCUUGCUGAACCCCCAGCCACCUCAGCUCCUCCCAUACUCAGCUGAGGAAGGCCCCGUGUCAAAAAAAAAAGAAAAAGUGCAGAGCAACUCUAUGCAACUUCAGGCGAACCUGAUGGACAGUCCAUCCUGAAUUCUUGAUAUCUUGGGAUAACUCAAGCUGAGUGCAUGUUCAAAACAUACACAGAUUAGGUAAGUGACUUUUCCUGACGUGCUGAUCUAUGCAGGGCAGCACACACACCGCCAAAUUCAGCCAUGUGUAAGAUGGGCUUUACGCCAAAAAAACCCCCAAAAAACACACCAGCUCAUAGACUAAGAAAGUCCAGAUAUAAACUUCUGUGACAUAUGUCACACAACUCCAAAACAAGCUAUUUCAGGAAGAAUGUUGCUGAUAGUUAUCUGGUUUGUGCACACAGACUGGUGACAUCUACACCGUGAUCUCAGCCACAUUUUACUGUGAAAAGAACAUAAAAAUGUUUGCACAAUAUGACCCCUUUAAGCCAUUAUUUUAACUCUACGCUAAAUCACUCCUUUCAGAUUCAGAAUCCCUCAGACCUGAGCCGACCUCUCUCGUCCCCUCAGUGUUCUGCAAAAUGGCUUCAAACGAGAGAGAGAGAGAGAGGAAAAAAACCCUUGAUAUCAAUAUGCGUUAGCGCGUGUUCUUCUCUCCGCAGCGCGCUCUAAGCCUCUCUGCGACAGCAUCUUUUCACACUCCACUAGCUCAGAUUCAUGCAUUAGAGCGUCUUCUUUUUUAUUUAUUUAUUUUUUUUUUAAAGGAAGCUUGUUCAUUCGUCUCACAAAGUGAUACGGGUUUAACUCCCAGUAAGAGAUUCUGAGACAGUGAGCAUGUCCGUGACUUGUGGGGGAUUACGCUUUUUAUUUUCUGCAUCAUUCAUCCUGAAAUGAAUCGGGAAGAAAAAAAAAGGCUAUAUGAGUUAUGAUAAUUUUGAGCACAGCUGCUCUGGUUGGAGGGGGGGAGCACAGGCCAUUCUUAUAGUAAAAAAAAAAAAAAAAAAGAUUGGUAUUGAGAAAUGAAGAAAUGGAGGGAGAAAGAGAGCAGGACCUUGACCAUAAGAAGGGUCAUUCAAAUGAAAUUGGAAGCAUAUGAAAAGUCUGGUUUUUGUACUCAAAUGCACAUCGACUGGCCACAUCUUGUUACGGAGCAUCAGAGCGAGCGUGAGAGCAGCCGAGCCACAUCAAAGCAGAUUGAGACAUCUUUCAUUUUACAGCUGCAAUUUUCAAUCAUCAGAAUCUUCACUUGAAAUGCUGACCUGCUUUUUUUUUUUUUUUUUUUGGGCCUAUUGUCAGGCUUUAUCUUUAGAUUCAGGAACAGGAAUAUAACUGUACCUUGAUUGCAAACUCCUGAAAUGCCAGCGAGGCGACAGCAGCUAAGCUAUAGACUAUAAAAAACCAUCCAUAUACGAUGAACAGUCGAACCCACGCAGAAUCCAAAUCAUACGUUCUGACAAUAUGUUUACAGUGUUGAAGUUUGCCAUGAAUGAAAUACUCUGUAUUAGUGUUUUAAAAACAAUAAUAAAGUAUUGUUUUUCUCCAAAGUUCUCUCAGAUGUUUUGAAUGCCAUAGCAGUUUUUUUUGUAUGAUUAUUCAGGUGGAGGGAUUUUAUCUUCAUGAAUAAAUUUCUGUAUAAUAGGGCAAGUUUUUUUUAUUUUUUAUUGUAAUAUUGCAGAACCAUUCCAGAGUUAUUUCUUUUCAUUUGUUGGCAAGAGUUUCUUCAAUGAUUUGCUUUUUA